AUGUCUGAUUCAGAUCCAGACGAUUAUAUGUCAUCAAAAUUUCUGACCGAACCACCACCUGAACCUUCACACUCUCUAACCUAUGCAGAACGGCGUCGCCGGAAACAAUUAUUAAAUAAAAGUUAUAAUAAACCUCGUCGUGAACUUGAGAACGAUUAUCGUGAGCAAGCUCUCGCUAAACGAAUUGAUACCGAAGAAAAUGAAUCUCCGGGAUUGAAAUUACUAAAAAAGAUGGGUUACGAACAGGGUAAAGGUUUAGGCAAUAGCGGAAGGACGGAACCCAUAAAGUUCGAACUGAAACAAGACAAACUCGGUCUAGGUAUGGCCACUGAAAUAAAACAUAAGGCUCAAGCUGAACUUGCCAAAGUUGCAAAACGGGCAAAAUUUGAAGAAGAUUCGUUUCGUGAACGUGUUCGUCAAGAAAAUCUCGAGAAACGCGUCGAAGGACAGCUCAGGAAGCUGCAAAAUAUAUGUGAGACAUUGGACACUAAACAUGGAAUUGAGGAUAAUAUUUAUUGGCAACAUGAGGAGACAGCGGAUAAUGAGAUAAAAAAUAACAAUAAUGAUGAAAUAUUAUUUGAAGAACAAGUAGUAGAAGACGAUGAAGGUGAAAAAGUGCAAUUUCAAAAAGAGAGACAAGAAUUUGAAGAUCUUAAACCUUCAGAAAAAUUAGAUCGUAUUUUUAGAUAUUUGCGUGAAACGUAUUAUUAUUGCUUUUGGUGUGGAUGUGAAUAUGGUAGUGCUGAAGAAAUUGAUCAGGAAUGCCCCGGUUAUGAAGAGGAAGAUCAUGAUUAG